CCCUGGAAGGCCUGGAGUACCCCUUUUCCAUGGAAGGCCUAGAGGAGGCUUAGGUCGGCCCAACGAAGGCCCUCCUCCCAGGAUAGCCCAGGGAAGGUCCGUAGCGAUCUUGGCUCAAGCCAUUCUGGCUCUAGUGGGCAGCUGUGCGCCCAAAUUCAGCGCUACCGCAGAAGUUCAUAACCUCCUGAGUGGUCAUGAUGAUGUCUCGGCAGACGUCGGUAGCGAUGACCCUGAUUCUGGCAGUGGACUUUGUGACGCUCUCACGGGCGGGUGGCAAAGAGAAGGGCGGCGCUUGCGAGUGUCAGAACUGGGCGGACGUCUACUACAGAAGUCUUGCUUCAUGCGGUCGUGCCAACGAGCUGUAUUUCCUCAGCAAGUGGGGCUUCUCGGCUGCAUAUGCUGCGACCGAGCCCAUCACUGGCUUGCCCCACAAAGUCUGCGCGGACUUCUUCAAGAACUUCCUGAGCACAUCCUGUGUGAACGUGGACCUGCUCGGGGGGUCCAAGCCCACCAACCGCUCUGGUCAGCAGUGGUGCUACGUUAGCAACGACUGCGAUAAUCUCAAUGGCGGCGAGUACGCUUCGAAUCAGAUAGGUUUCGCCCAGGGUGCCUGGAACAAUCUGCAAAGCGCGAGCACUCUGGCCUGGAAGAUCUGCGAGCCAACUGCAGACGCCAUGCUGAAGCACAUGUCAGUCCAAGAGGUCAUCGAUGCCGCUACCGAGAGCGACGUCAGCUUGUCUCGGAUCCUGCGCUUGGCCUACCCCGCCGUCAACAUCACUUACGGCGAGGCCGCCGCCUUCCUGGAGGCCGUCAACGACGCCUACUCCAACACCUCGACGCUGGAGGAGAUGGUGGACUCCGUCGACGCCCCUGCCCCCGUCUGGGGCAGUGCCGCCGCGAGCGUCCACGCCCGCCUGGCCGCCGUGGUGAAGUCCGAGCAGGCCACCAUACUCGAUUCGCCGGGCCACGGCGAUAACUUCCACGUGGUUCAGGGCCGCGCGGUGUACGAGGUCAAGAGGGUCCCGAACGGCAACAUGGCGUACCUGGGCGGACACUUCGCGGACGAGUUCACAGUCUCUUGCAUCCUGGGUUGCGCCCUGGCCGAGCGCCUCGACGCGGUCGACUUGGAGACGCUCUGAUGCCGGCCGGCGGGGCACGCGACGGAACGUGUGCACAGCGAGGCGCUCCACCGAUGCCUAGAGUGUAGAGAAGGAGGCGGAGGAGGGG